AUGGCGCCAGAGACCUACUACACCAAACCCUCCAUCUCCCUGCACCCCAGCGGGGGGGUCACCCCGGGGGGAGCCGUGACCAUCCGGUGUCGGGGUCGGCACCAGAAUGUGAGGUUCCUUCUGUACAAAGAUGGGAACCCGAACGUGCUGCAGGAGACGGAGCCUGCUGGGGACGUGGCUGAGUUUCCCAUUCACAGCGUGAGCCGGAGAGACGCAGGGAGCUACAGAUGCUAUUAUCACUCCAAAUUGUACCAAUUCAUCUGGUCACAUCCCAGUGACCCCGUGGAGCUGGUGAGCAGUGGGUUCUGGCCUAGUGCCUUGGACAGCAUCUCCCUGCAGCCCAGUGGGGGUGUCGCCCUGGGGGGAGCCGUCACCAUCCGCUGUGAGUGUCGGUGUCGGGGAAUGAGGUUCCUUCUGAGUAAAGCUGGAGACCUGGAGAUACAGCGCUCGAUGGAUCCCGCUGGGAACGUGGCUGAGUUUCCCAUCUGCAACGUGAGCCGGAGAGACGGAGGGAGCUACAGCUGCCGAUACAGCACCAAGAGGGACCCACCUGUCUGGUCGGAGCCCAGCGACCCCAUGGAGCUGGAGGUAGCAGGUGAGGUGCCCGACUCCAUGUCCCUGCUCUCAGCCCCACACCCAGUCCGACACUCAGGGGAGUCCGAGGCUGCAGCCACCGUCUACGCCCUCAUGGGCAAACGGAAGCAGCUGGAUGUCCUGCCCCAGGAGCCCGACCCCGGCGCCGACGGACUCACCUACGCCGAGCUGGACCGCCAGGCGCUGCAGGCCAAGCAGGGUGGCCCAUCCCCUGCCCCCGAGCCCGUCCUGUACUCCGCCAUCAAU